UGGCACUUACCUCGCAUUGAGAGGGUAAAGUAGUUUCAAUAAUGUUAAAUCAGACAAUAUAAUGAAAAACAUGCAGGACCAAAAACGUUUGAAGUUUCAGUCCAGCUGAUAAGUUUGUGUUAGUACACCUCAUAUGUAGUGGAAUUGUUCUACCAUGUUCCACGGUGACAUCAGCUAAGAGCAAUAACGAGGCCUCCACCUCGAAAUAGUGGUACGGUUUCUCAGGAUUCCUUUGAUGAAUACAGUGUAUUCUGUAUUCUUUGCAAGCAAUCAAGAGUAUACGUCGAUAUGCAUGCGUAUCGAUAUGCGCUGACAUAGAAUAAGACCUGCUGGACCAAACAAACGCAGAAAUAUAAUUUCGUAACUAUCAGUUUUGAUAGUUUUUUAAAAAUACUUUUGGACAGUGAAUGUAUUACCAAGAUAAAUAUGAGUGAUCAGCACUUAACAAGUUUGAUCAAGUGGUUGGAUACCUUCAACCUACAAGCCUCUCACGGCUCAGCUGAAGAUAUAAGUGAUGGAGUUGCACUUGCUGAAGCAUUAGCUCAAAUAGCACCAGAAUGGUUUACAGCAGCUUGGCGAGCUAAGAUCAAAACAGACGUAGGUACAAACUGGCGUCUAAAGGUAUCCAAUUUAAAGAAGAUUGUUGAGGCUGUUACUGAGUACUAUGUAGAAUGUUUAAAUCAACAACUUGCUGGAUAUGUUAAGCCAGAUGCUACUAAGAUCGGAGAGCAUUGUGAUAAUCAAGAGUUGUGUCGAUUAUUACAGCUUGUUUUAGGAUGUGCUGUUAACUGUAAUCAGAAACAACAAUAUAUAACUCGUAUUAUGGGAAUGGAAGAAGCUGUCCAACAAGUUAUUAUGCAGAGUAUACAAGAACUGGAAGGAAGUAUGCAUGGCCCUAGGCUUAGUCUUGGCGCUAGUCUCAAUUUUGAAACUUUGGAUUUAGGAGACAGUGCUCAACAGAGAUUAUUAGCAGAAUUACAAGUUGCAGUUGAUACCAGGGACCAAUUAGCACAACGAUGCCAUGAACUUGAUCAACAACUAUCCCUUCUGCAAGAGGAAAAAGCAAGUUUGAUGGUAGAGAAUAAAAAACUACAAGACCGCUUAGAAGAAUUUGAAAAUCCUGAGGACACUGGAUCUAGUUUAAAAUAUUCUGGUCUCCGCAAGCAAGUUGAGGCACUGAAGGAUGAAAUGUUUAAAAUGGAAACGUCGAGAGACGAUUACAGAUUGAAAGUGGAACUCUUAGAAAAAGAAGUUCUAGAAUUGCAAUCAAAACAAGAAGAUUUACAGAAAGCAGCAGAGGAAUCUAAUCGUUUGAAAGAUGAAGUUGAUGCACUGAGGGAAACUGCAGAUAAAGUAGAUAAAUACGAAUUGACUAUUGAAUCGUAUAAAAAGAAGAUGGAAGAUUUAAGUGAUUUGAAAAGACAGGUGAAAAUGCUAGAAGAUAAAAAUAUGGAAUACAUGCAGUCCAACAUGGAAUACGAAGAAGAAGCAAAAAGGGCAACAGUCUUAAGAAAUCAUUUGGAACUCUGCAAAAAACAAUUAACUGAGGUUCAUCACAAGCUUGACGAGGAGAUUAACAAGUCUGAUAAACUUGAAUUUGAAGCAAAGAAAAUGGAAGCCAGACUUAAUGCUGUGCAGCGAGAACGAGAUCGCCUGGUCAUAGAGAGGGAUGCACUAAAAGAAACUAAUGAAGAAUUAAGGUGUACGCAACUUCAAGCUACUGAAAACAAUGCUAAACCAUCCACAAUGAAUAGCGUCGCAAGUACAGAAAUGGCAUUACCUGAAAUGAAAGAGAAACUCUUGCGCUUGCAGCAUGAAAAUAAAAUGCUAAAACUGAAUCAAAAAGGAAAUGAGGAUAAGCUGCCAUCGGUACAAGCAUUACUGGAGGACUCUGAAGAGCGACUCAAUACUUUAAGAGGUCAGAAUCGCAAGGCCAAUCAAAGGAUAAUAGAAUUAGAAAACAAAUUAGAAGAAGUUACAGAGAAUCAAUCAAGUGGAGACAGUAAAACCGAUAGCACAGGUCUUCAGCAAAAAAUUGCCCAACUGCAGGACGAAAUACGAAAGUCUUUAGCGGAACGUGAACGUAUAACUUUGUUGUUGGAGGAGAAAGACGUUGCAUUACAAACUCAAAAACAAAAGGCAUGUGCACUACAGGAAUCUAUUACGCGCAAGGAAUAUGAGAACACGGAAUUGGAAGAGCGUUACAAGAAAUACAUAGAAAAAGCUAAGAAUGUCAUAAAGAGUCUGGACCCUAAACAAAAUAGUUUGCCAGCAUCCGAAUUGCAACUACUGCGCAAUCAGAUAAUGGAAAAGCGUAAGAUCAUCGAGGACAUGAAUCGUUCGUACAAAGAGAGUAAAGUUAUCCGGGAGAUGGAAGAAAAGCUUAUGCUUACAGCAUUUUAUCGUUUGGGAGCAACUUGUCAUCGGGAAGCUGUUGAUCAACGUCUUGCUGCUAUCAGUCCUGGACAAGGACAAUCCUUCCUAGCUAGACAACGGCAACCUUCUGCUCGUCGAUCGUUCCAUCCACCUUAUAACUCGAAAUAAUCUCGUAUAUACAUUUUUGUACGAAUUCUGUACAAAGAACUCAGUAUUUUUUACAGCACAGACGAGUACAUGAGUACUACAGUUCCUACUGAUAGUACUUUUUAUUCUGUAAUGUGGUUAUUUUUCAUCAUGGUGGAUUUUAGUCAUCAUUGUUUUUGUAAAUAUGUAAGGGAUAAUUCUUUGAAAGGAUCGAUUUUAUCAUGGCAAUUCAUUUUUUGCUAUUCUUUAAACGUUGGUAAUGAACUUACACUUGAGAAAUUUUUCAAAUAUUUUACGUAUUUGCGUAUUUAUUACGAGUCGUAAUUACGUCGUUGCGUUGCAAAUUAUAUUAUUAUCGAUAUUUGUCACGACAAAUAUUUAUUUAUUGGAAUGAACCCGCAGUCGUGUGAUAAAUAUCAACCGCUGUAGGAAUCAUGAUUACCAUAACUAUUCUUUAAAAUAUCGUUAUCAUUUUAAUAUUAUACAUUUUAUUUUGUGAUUUAUUGCUAGUAACGAGUUAUAUGUUAAAUUAGUACUGUAAACUAAAGAAAAAUAAAAGAUAUAUUUAGUUAAUAUAUAAAAGAACAUUUGUGACUUAGGAAAGAAUGCCCAUAGACAAUAUUAACAUAUGAUUUAAUUGUACUAGUAUCAAAAAUAUAAAGGUUUAAUAAUAAUCAGAGAUUGAAAUUUGUAAAAGUAAUGAAAUAAAUUCCACACCAAGGAUUAGAAGAAUA